AUUUGGUUGGUACAGUCUAUAAUGAAUUUACGUCACGUCUGAUCCCAGAUAACGAUUAUCAACAUGUAACAGAAGAAAACCCAAUCGAUUAUAAAUGCAUCGGUGCAACUUUCCUGCUUGUAAUUAACUUUAACGUACGACCGGGUUUUGAUGUACUCGGCGUGUCACUGUCCUUAUAUCUUACUGUUGAGCUUGACCUCCUCGAAAGGGAACCUGGUAAAGAAUAUAGUAAUGAGGUAGUCAUGACAUACUCUGGUGAAGGUGCCGACACCAUACCUCUCGAUUUCGAGAAAAACCUGAUCACAAAAACAGCACUUUAUGUUCUCUCUUGCAAUAAUAUCAAAGGAUUCCCUUCUCCGUUAACCAUCCACGUCGAUAAUCCUAUCCCAUUGGGUCGCGGUUUGGGUUCAUCUGGAGCCGCGAUUGUCGCUGGCGUUAUGCUAGGUGACGUUGUCGGAAAUUUGGGUUUGACCAGGGAACGUAUGCUUGAUUAUUGUUUAAUGAUAGAACGCCAUCCUGAUAACGUCACGGCUGCCCUGAUGGGUGGAUUCGUGGCCUCGUAUCUGAGGGAAUUAUCUCCAGAAGACGAGGAGGCAAUGACCAUUUCUAAUUCAGCAAAUCCUGCUGUGCCGCAAGGAAUAGGAAAUUACAUUAGAUUAAGUUGGGCCAGGGAAAUUAAAGCUAUAACCAUUAUACCGCAAUUUGAGGUAUCCACCGAAGAAGCCAGGAGUGUGUUGCCGACAACAUACAGCAAGCAAGAUGUGGUGUUUAAUUUGCAACGCUUAGCGGUCCUGAUCAUGGCAUUGUCAUGUUCACCGCCAAACGCGGAUUUAAUAUAUCAAGCGAUGCAGGACAGAGUGCACCAGCCAUAUCGAACAAAUUUGAUUCCUGGUCUUUCCGAGGUUCUCGCUAGCGUGAAACCUAACACGCACCCGGGACUUUUGGGAAUAUGCCUUAGUGGGGCAGGUCCCACAAUCUUGGCCCUGGCAACAGGCAACCCAGACAAAAUCGACAACAUCGCAGAGGCCAUAAAAAAUGUGUUUACCGAAAAAGGAAUAGACUCUGUCAUAAAGGUUCUGGAUGUGGUAGAUGAAGGGGCCCAAGUUUCAUAA